GACAUUUAUAUUAUUAUUAUAUAGUCGAUACUCAUAAUGAACACAAGAAUAAUGUAUUAAUUAUUAUAAUUAUUUUCUGUAAUGGCUAAAUAUUUGUUUGGGUGUCUCCUUCUAUGCUGUCUAUCAUCAGUGUGUAUUUCAGAAUGCACUAACAAAAAUAGUAAAGACGGUGCCACAUUAAUAUGGAAAGAUAAAAAAUACGAAUGCAAUAGUACUUUAGACGUGGUCGUGAAAGAAGGAGACGUAGUAUACAUAGAAGCUGAAAGGAAAAAUCAUAUAAACCAUGCCUGGUGUUUAAUUGGAAACAAAAAAUACGAUUUGGAUAAACUGUAUGACUGUAUAUGGAGAACAUAUGUUACAAUUAGUACCGAAAUGUCGACAAAAUGGAUAAUCACAAGUCUGGCCAAUGUAAACACGACCAACGCCAAUUUCACCCUAAAUAAUAUGACAUAUAUAUCUACUAUUUGCGUUUAUAAUAUUAAAGUAACUGCCAGAGAGAUUAUGACAAAGAAGAUAGAUUAUGAGAAAGAACUUUGGAUCUACUUUGGAGUAGCAGCCUUAAUCGUAUCAAUUAUUAUAAUUGCGCAAAUCUACGCUAUUGUGUACUACAAGAAAAAAGGUGCUUUGGUGAGCAGACUAGAUCAAGCAUCUGCAAGCAAAGAUACUACGAAAACUAAUAAUAGAGCUCGCUACAUAAUUUCACCACACAUCAUGGGGUUGCUUACAAGAAAGGAAAAGAGAGAACAGAACGUGGAAACAGACGACGACUCUGGAUCCCUGUACGAGACGUUGGAGGACAUCGCCUUAGGAUCCAGCGAUACUCCGUUGCCUCCUCCUAUAACUACAUUACCCAAGCCAGCUCGCAAGUUUCUGGGUGUUGAUACUCCUUGUACUAUAGAAGAAAAAAAGGAAUCAAAAUCACCAACGAAGAAGAACCCUAAAAAAGACAAAGAAGUUGAAAUAAAAAACCGGGCACCUCUGCCACUGCCGCAUGAAAUGUCGAAUGAAGCACCACCCAAGAAUUCUUCCGUUAAACCACCAACCAAACAGAAGUCUACGCUGUCAGAAAAAUCGAUUAAACCUGGCAAAGCUUGUUCUCCGGGACCGUCGCCAAAGCUUAAAACAGAGCAAGAGGUCGUAUCGCAAGCCCUGAACGACAUAUUCAAGAAUAGGAGUGACAGUAUUCUCAAUAAACAACAGCAGAAGCCAACACCGGUGUCGAAAUCAGCAAUGAAUCGGAAACCAACUGCAACUAAUAUUAACACAAACCCGUCUUUAAAAGUCAAGCCUAAACCACCAGUAAAAAAACCAGAUAUCGUACCAAAAUCCUUUUUAACAAAGGUAAAUUCGAAACGGCCGGAGCCCACCCCCCAGGCAGGGCCAUCUGCGGUUACACCGCAAUCCACGCUACGCAAACACCAACCAAUCCCCAACCCAAUAAAUAAACCCCCCAUGCCACCACCACCUACUGUAUCGAAGGCUACUCCACCACCGUCACCACCGCCAAAUGAAGUCGAAGAUAUAGAGCAAGAAAUAUAUACUCCGUGGGGCGAGGACUGGACGUACGAAUCGUUACAACCAUACCAGUUAUAUUCUAACUUACAAAAUAUAUGAGAUGAAACUACUUCACUAACUUAGAGCGACCAAGGAUAGCUUUAAAGACGGCAACCAAUGGACUCGAUUCUGGAGCGCCUUUUCUCUGAACCUUUUUCAUAACCUAAUAUUUUAAUUUGAUAAUUUUUCUAAAUUACUUUUUUUUAAACCACUGAGCCUAUCAACGCCUGCAAUACCAAGGGCAUUGCUAUUAUCGUCAUAGUCGUAGAAUACCGACGGAUCUAUAUAUGUAAUCUUUGUCAGAUCCGUCAGUAUUCUACGACUAUGACGUUUUAAGCACCAUCACAAACAAAAUUUAUAAUAAUUUUGACUUAAAUCAAUUAGAAAUUUAUUUCAUAUUGGACCAUAGAUUAAGAAUUCACUGUGAUAUCAAAUUGAAAUUGGAAUUAAUUUUAUAGUAUAUAAUAAGUUUAGAUAAAUGGUGCCUCAGAAUGGGAGCCAUGUUAAAUUUAAAUAUAUUAUUUUCCAGAGUGAAUCUGGUCCCUUAAAAAAACGCAUAUAGGUACUCUUAGACAUGUCUUUCGUAACUGAAAGCGUUCACAUUCUGGGUAAAGCACUAGAUGAUUCCGAAGUAGGCACGCCCUCUUCCCCUCAUCACCCACAGCCCUCCUAAAUACACCUAUAUCAGCAGAAUAAAUUUCAAUUGCUAGCAACUACAAGGGAUCCUUGGACCUCUAAAGCCAAAGAUUAAGUUAUUUUUAAGGGUAUAUCAAGACGUAUCUUUUUAAUUUUAGACUACAUACAAAGUUAUAUGGUAUUAUCAGUUUUUAUUUAGUUAUUAUUAUUUAGUUGGCUCAAUUAGUAAAUAAACUUGGUAUUAUUAGUUGAUUCGACUUAUUAGACCCGACCCGCUUAUUUAUAAAAAUACAGAACAUCUUAUAAACUUAUUUUAACCUAUUGAUAAGUUUAUAUAUUUUGUCCUUUUCUUUCGUACUAAUUUUUCAAUUUGAAAGACAAUGACAGACUGCUGUAAUAGUUAAAAUAAGUUUGUAGGACGUUUUAGUUUUUAUGAAUAAGGGCUUAGUCGAUAAUAAUAUUAUAAAGAUGUAACAUUUGAUAUUUUGUAAAUUUCUUUAUUUGUAAUGGGUAAACUAUAACUGGGCCGAUUUUAAAAUUCUUCAAGUUAUAGAAGUACUUACUUAAGUUACUUUAUAAGCGAAUAACAUAGUCUAUAUAUUAUUUUAUAUCAAACCGUGCGAAGGCCGGGCAGGUCUCUAGCACAAAAAUAAUCUAAAACAUUGUCUAUCUAAACAGUUUUUAAUAACUCUUAUUAAAAAAAAAUGUUUAUAUGUACUUUUAUGUACCAAAAUAUACAGAUUAUUAUAAUAAAAUUAUUAUUUUAACCAA